GUCAUGUAUAUAUAUAUAGAGUUCACUACAGAAACAGUUCUAAUAAGACUCUCCAACAUCCAAUAGUGCCAUUUUAGUUUGUAGAUAUCAAUGAGGCUUGAUUUAUCUGUCAAGUUUCGGCAAGUUCUUGGCCUCGCCAAGGAUCAUGCAUCUAUUGGCAGAGCUAUUGUACAAAACUACAAUGAAAAAGCCUUUUUUGACAUUGAAGUGGCAGUGGUUCGAGCCACUAGCCAUGAUGAUUGUCCUGUUGAUGACAAAACCAUGCACGAGAUACUCUUUCUUGUCUCUAACACUCCGGGAUCGAUUCCUUUUCUUGCUGAACAGAUCUCACGCCGUCUAGCGAAGACAAGAGAUUGCUUAGUCGCGGGUAAAACUCUGUUACUCUUCCACCGUCUCUUGCGUGGUAGCAGUCGAAGUAUCGAGCAGCAAUUGCAUAUUGCACAUACCUCUGGUCAUCUCCAAAUAGGUUGUUGCUGGUUCAUGAUGACCCCGGAUCCUCCAUCCUUUGUUUUUCUGCAGAACUAUGUAGCUUAUCUCCAAGAAAGAGUUGGAUGGAUCAUCAACCAAGCUGGUAAGCUCGAACCUGUUAUGUCUGGUGGUACAAAAUUUAGCCGUUACAAAGAGAAAUCCAUGGAUUUGGUGUUCCACAUCUUACCAAAGUGCCAGGAGUUCAUUGCACAGGUUUUGAAGUGUUCACCGGUAUAUAAUGCCUGGCCUAUCGAUAACCUGGUUCAAGCAGCUACCGGCAACAUCUUGAAAGAGAGUUUCCAAGUCUACAUGACGUAUUCCGAUGGGAUAGCCGCACUGGUUAAUAUGCUCUUUGAUCUUUCAAGACCCGCUAAAGAUUUAGCUUGUGGAAUGUUGAGAAAAGCUUCUCAGCAGAUUCAAGAUCUUCGCGUACUAUAUGAAAAGUGUAGAGGAUUCCCCGGUAUGAAAAGCUUGGAUUUCCCAUCUGUGCAAGCCAUUACCAUGGAUCAUAUUUUAGCACUAGAGGAAUGCUCAAGCUAUGGAGGCAAAAGAAGUUUCUCUCUCUCCACCAACCUAAGUGAUUCAGUCACCUGCAAUGAACGAGAACAAGAAAACCACUGCGUCGAUAUUUCAUCAACCAGUCUUUUCUCAUUUCCAGUAGAAACCAAAAUCAGUAUGGUCUGGGUUGUUUUCGACAGUGAAGAUGGUGAAGUAUCAGACAAGCAGCAAGAGGAAGCAUACGAAUGUUGAUCAUUCAUUUCAUCAGGAGGUACAAGAAAGUUGCAGAAGGCAAGGUAGAGGUCAUUGCUCAGGGGGAUUGUGUCUUUUAUUCAUGUUUCAACUAGAGAAACAAUUAUAUAAUACUGUUGCUGUCAAUUUACAUCAUAGCAACAUAUACAUGGGUUU